AUGCCGGAUUAUCAAAAUGGCAGGCAGUGGCCUAGCAAAUCUCCCAAGCACAGCACAACCCAGCAGACCUCGCCCUUUGCGUCCUUGAGCGGCGUCCAGUGCGCCGCAAAGAUUUCGUCUCCCCUAAACGCCGCGCUCCUCCUCGUUUGGAGUCGCACCUGGAUGCUGAUGGCGCUCCCCGCCCGCAGCGCGGCGCGGACCCUGCCCUUGUACGCCACGGGGGCCGGCAAGGUGGCGCCGGCCCCGGAAGCGGAAGAUGUCGGUCCCCGCCAGCUCGCCUACAUUGUUGGCCGGGUGCAGCAUGGACAGUAUGCCGCCGCUGUGGAAGCGGAUCUUGAAGGUUGCGUCGACGACGAUGUACUGCAGGUGGUGUGA